UGAAAUGGGAUUCCGUCUCCAUUGAUACAUUACAGCUUUUGCCCCAUGCCACUCUUUCCAAAGAAUCUCCAAGAGCAGCAAAGACCAAGGGGGUUGACUUUUUCAGUUCCAUGACGGACUUUUCUUUCUCAUUUUUCCUACUUUUUGUCAUCUUAAGUUGGGAUUAAACUCCCCUGAUCCGGGGAGUUUACGAACGAAAAGAAAGAAAGAAAGAGAAAGAAGACCAAGUUCCUUCAAGGACUUUGUUCUACUCACUCGAAAAAAAACGAGGUUCUGAUCGGAAGAAGCUCUUAAACCAUUCCAUUCUCACGGGCAACCUUUCAAAACUUCCUCUUGACCUUGGUCACACUGUGAGAAAUGGCCUCUGUCAAAUCUGGACUAGAAUGACUCUUAAGCUCCGAUGCUUGUGAAGACAAGUCAAGAAAAUAGUGCAAAUUUGUAAGUGAUUGGCCUGCUUAGUUUUCGUAGAUCCUCGAGUAUUCGCCUGAGUUGGUCUGGGAUCAAGUACGUACUCGGUACGAGAUGUAACGAAUGAUCGCAAGCUGCGAAGACUGACAAGAACAACGAUCUUGACUAGGUACGACAUACCUAUUGAGCAGCUCGGGCGACAAGGCCAAGUCAAUCGCUUUCCCACCUCAUUCAGGCGUCGAGCGUUGUUCCAUGUUCCAUCGCUGAGGCUCAAAGAGUCAGUCGGAAUUGGAACGCUUUUCGGAAGGAUUCGAAAGGGUGAAUUUAGAGCACAGACAACGCUGUCGCUCUCCCUCUCUUUCCCUUGAGUGUUGGGGACGGGAUGAGAAUAAGUGAGGUGAUAAAAUGGACACAAUUUAUUUGGCCCACAGACACGUGAACUUGUGUCCAUGAACUAAGUGACCUAGACUGUGGAUUGAAUCGUGAGCUUGAAUCCAUCCGGAGAUUUGGGCCCAGAAUGAAGAUUGGCCAACAAUCAUGAGAUUAAUGUUGCUAAAAAGGGGCCCACGCCGCUGAUCUAGAGACUAAUUGGCCUGUGACAUGUGUUUAUGAAGAAUGUUCCGAUGGCGCUGUCACACUUCGCAUUCUUCUUCAAUUUUCUGCCCUGUUCUCCUUCCGGUUCCACUUUCCUGGCACCACGUUUGGGCUUGGUCACCUUGGUUCUGCUCCUCCUUGUUCCCCACCAAGGACAAACAACUACUCAUUGCCCAUUCAAUCAGCUCUGCACUUGCAAGUAUGCGCCCAAAGAUCAACAAAUACAGCGUGGCCAGACCAGGGACUCAAGGCCAGACCAAUAUGACCAAAAUCGCCCGGAAACAAGUACUCAGACCAGCUUCCAGGGUCAAUUUGGAACCAUCACCACGGCAGGUUAUGGGGAACCAAUAUACAAUGGAAGCUUCAACGGGAGAGCAUCCAGGCUCAAACCAGCACAUAACACGCAGAAUAUCAGGGAUGUCAGUUGUAUUGGUGUGCCGUUUUACCGUGUUCCAGACUUCCCCGUGCCUUACAUCAUCCACUUGGACAUGGUUGAGUCAGGGCUGGAGGUCCUCGAGGCCAAUGUCAUGUCCACGGCCUCAACUAUCGAGUCUGCGCGGUUCAUGAACAAUCGAAUAAGUCAUAUCGAUGACAAUGCAUUUAGAGCUCACUUCUCGUCCUCUCUGAAGUCUCUCGAUUUAAGCUACAACUCUCUUAGCACAUUUCCAUUGGAGGCUUUGUCCAGGUUGAAGGCUCUGGAUUGGCUCAACCUACACAAUAACGAAAUCUCCGAGAUCUCAAUCCCGCCCGGGUCGUACAGCUCGUAUUCCAAUCUGAAGGCGAGCUUGAGUACGCUGUUUCUCGGAAAUAAUGAUUUUAUCGAAGUUCCCGCCAACUUUUUCACCGACUUCAAGCGACUCUUGUGGUUGAACUUUGAUGAUAACCACUUGCGGACGAUCCCUCCGCACGUGCUCCCAGCCUCACUGCUCACCUUGAGUUUGGCCAAUAACCUCAUUUCCAAGUUUCCAUUUGAGUCCGUGAACCACUUGCCUUCCUUGACGUGGUUCACCAUUCGAGGGAACCACAUCGAGGCCAUUCCCACAGAACCGUUCCAAUAUUUCAAAAGAUUGGACAAGUUGGAUAUGGGCGAGAAUUUUAUCACGGCCAUUCCGAUGAAUAUGUUCAACGGCACGCUGAAUGUCAAUGAUCUCAACCUGGACUACAACUACAUUGAGCGCAUCCGACGAGCCAAUUUCCGAACCAUCAACCCAAGACGGAUCUACUUGGGCAUGAAUCGGAUCUCCGAGAUUGAGCCAGACGCGUUUGCUGGCCUUGAAGGCACCUUGGAGUUGGUGGACCUCGAGGGCAACCGCCUCAACAACGUGUCAUGGGCCUUCGGAGAACUUCAGCAAUUGAGAUAUUUGUACUUGUCGAACAACAAUAUCUCUUCGUUAGCCCCCGACGUCAUGUCGAAGUUCUGUCACACCCUUCGCGCCCUGAGUGUCUCGGGGAACAUCUUGGACCGGUUUCCUCGUCAAAGUUUGGAGAACUGUCGCGAGUUGUCCCAUCUCAAUAUUGGCUACAAUAACAUCCGAGAGCUAUCCGUGGCCGAUUUCUCGCGUUGGGCCGACAAAUUAGACACUCUCAUCUUGCGCAGUAACCUUUUAUCGCACCUUGCGCCGCACAUUUUUCGUGGUUGUCCCCAUUUGAGAGAGCUCUCGCUCUCGUUCAACGCAUUUGUUCACAUUGAUGCGGAAGCCUUUCGUGAUAUUGGAACUUCUUUGGAAAGUCUUGAGAUCUCGUUUGGGUUGCGGACCAAAGUUUUCCCUGAAGCAGCCAUCAAACCCCUCCAAAAGUUAUUGUGGCUCUCCUUGGAUAACAAUGAAAUCGAGCAGAUUAGCGAGACCGCUCUCUACAACCAUGGCGAGUUGCAAUACCUGAACCUGGAAUCGAAUCGUCUCACCCGAUUGCCCAAAAAUCUCCUCCAUCAGAAUGUUCAUAAGCAGCUUUUGGACGUGAGGAUGUCUUACAAUCAUUUGGGGACCAUUGAGUCUGGGACAUUCUCAGCUCUACCCAGACUCCAAACGGUCGUACUCAGCGGAAACAAGAUCAAGUUCCUGGCCAACAACUCCUUCAGACAUCUCCCCAAUCUGGUCACUCUCAUCAUUUCCCACAACCAUAUCAAUACCAUCGAGGCCCAGGCCUUUGUCCAUUUGGACAAUCUACAAAAAUUGGAGCUCCAAUUCAACAAGCUCACGGAGUUCUCUCUGAACUCGUUCGAGAACUGCACCAAAUACCCCAUGCAUGCCAUGACCCUGAAUAUUUCGCAUAACCUCAUCCAAAGCCUUUCGCCCAUGAACAACGAUCGGGUCCCGUUCAUUGAAACCCUCGACUCGAGUCACAACCGCUUGGAAUCGGUGCCGCGGGCAUUUCUGGAAUUUCUCGCCCCAUCUCUACGCACGCUAGAUCUCAGUUAUAAUCAGCUGCCCGAAAUCGAACGGGUGGACUUCAAGCAGCUGGCCUUGCUUCAGGUGCUCAAAGUCUCGCACAACCAGAUCCUCGAUUUGGCCAAAACUGCAUUCCACAGCCUGACCGGACUCCAGAUCCUGGACCUGUCGAGCAAUCGAAUCGAAGUGCUGCAAUUCUCUCAGUUCAUGGGGUUGUCCGGUUUGCGCCGGAUUGACCUCUCCAACAAUCGGCUUCGGUCCCUGCCUCGGGAUGUAUUCCAGUCGACUGCCUUAGAAUCCGUGGACCUGUCAAUCAACGAGUUUGUGGCUAUGCCCACCUCGGCCCUAACGGAGGCCAGUGCCACCCUUCGACACCUCAAUUUGUCGUACAAUCGUAUUGAACACGUGGAUAGCACCAUGUUCUCGAACACACCUCACCUGAUAUCCUUGUCACUAGCUCACAACAAACUCACCAUUCUACCCGAUAACAUCUUUAUCGGCUUAGGAAGCCUCACCAAAUUAGACCUAUCGUACAAUCCGAUUCGAGCCAAUUACAAAGAAUUGUUCCACUAUGUCCAGCGCCUUAAGGAUCUGAGCUUGGCUCACGUGGACAUCCAGACCUUGCCGAUGUUUACUCUGCCUCAAUUGACGCGUCUGGACGUGAGUGCCAAUCGAAUGGAUGACCUUCCCUACUCGAACAGCGAGGGCUUACCUCAACUUCGUCAUUUGAACGUGUCUCGCAACCAGUUCACGCACCUGCCUUCUCACGCCUGGCAUUAUUUACCUCAACUCAAAUCUUUGGAUGUGUCUUGGAAUCCGUUGCGGGUGUUGACCAAGGAAAGUUUCUAUGGACUGCUUCGCCUUCAAGACCUCACCGUGCAGUAUCUACCUGACCUCCUUCGCUUCGAUGCCGACUCCCUGGCCCAGAUCAGUUACUUGAAACGAUUAAAUAUUCAGAGCUGGCCCUCCAUCGAGAAGUUCAAGUUUCGUCUGGGAUCGGUGGUUUCGGGCCUGCCGUCCCUUCGCAUGAUCUCGGCCCGCAUCCUCGAGCCCAGUGGCGUUUUGACCGAUCAAAUUUUGGGCGCAUUCGGGCCCAAGCUCAAGGAAUUGGAGAUUACUGGACCACUUAAGAGAUUGACUUUGGACGCGUUCGAAGGCAUCGAAAGUUACGAGCUACUCCUCACCAUCAGAGACACGGAACUGCACGAAUUACCCAAAGGGUUCCACUCCAUGUUCAAGAACGUGGUUCAUUUCUCGCUGGAUCUGCGGGACAAUAAAUUGGAGACCUUUGCACCCGAUGCUCUCUACCAGAACGGAUCGGCUUGGCAACGAACCGGCACACGAAUACUUCAAGGAGGCCUUGCCCUUCAAGGCAAUCCUUGGAAGUGCUCCUGCGAAAACGUGUGGUUGGGUGAGUGGCUGCGUCGAUGGAUGCGCGAGACUUUGCAAUUGCACACGAGCGUGGUGGAGAGGGGUCAAACUAUCCAAUCGAUUGUACGAUCCAUAUCUUGCUUGGAGCCCGACCAGCCCGACCAAAUGAGGUCUUUAGUGGAACUCGAUGACAAUGUCAAGUGCUACAAGGAGGCCGAAGUGAGCGCUUCAAGUGGAAUGAACAUUAAAUCCAGCUCCAUUCAGAGCAGAACUCUCACGUUGAUUGUUCUGGCCUCGUGGACCUCGUGGACCUCGCUGGUCCGGACUUUUUGGAUGGGUUGCAGGAUUGAUGGAUAAAAAGAGUCCGCCGGUUGGUAAUAAUCUGUGAUAUCCCUAUUAGAAAGAGUGCUCGGCAACAUGGCGGCUGCAGAAUGAUAAUCAGCAUCGUUUGGAUUAACAGUAAAUAUAACAAGGCCCUGGAGAGGAUGCUAUGCACUUCUUAUUCAUUUCAAA